CGCUCUCGAGUAGAUUGCAUAGAGAUUGAUGUUUCUCGUUCUUCAGAUGGAGUUCUUUUCGCUCUCCAUGACAGGCAGGGAUUUGCAGCGCAUCUCUGGUAACACUAGUUCUAAGGUCGGACACUUGACCAUGAAACAGAUACAAGAGCUACGCAGUCUUCAUCAACAUGCCCAGCAAUUUGACGGUGGAAAAAUUCCCACCAUUGAAGAUGCCUUAGAGUUCGUAUCAGGCUCAGUCCGGCAAGUGAUUCUAGAUGCAAAGGUUGGACCUCCAUCAUAUGAAAAGGGGCUGGCUGAGGAUAUUCUUUCUGUUGUCAAAAGGACGCAGUGUAAGAAUUGCCUUGUAUGGGCUAAAAGCGACAGUCUAGCUAGGGAUUUGAUCAAACAAUCACCAGACACUAUGGUAGGCUACAUUGUCAUGACUGAUCCAACAACUGGGCGCAGAACCAAUUUAUUGCGGAUGAAAGAUGCUGCUGUGGUUGGUGUGUACCACCCAUUGAUUGACGAGAAGCUUGUCAGAGUUCUGCACAGGAGAAGCAAGAAGGUUUACGCAUGGACCGUUGACAAUGUGACUUCGAUGCGAAAAAUGUUGUUUGAGGGCGUGGAUGCCGUCGUUACAAGCGAUCCGACUCUACUUCAACGGCUGAUUCAAGAUACUAGAAUCCAAUGUCUUGAGGAAGGUUUUUCAUUCUCACAAUGAUCUUCGUUUCUUCCAAGCACUACACUACCAUACAUUUUUAUGAUUAGGUGAAUCUGUUGUAUAACAUAUAUUUCUUGGGCAAUGUCGGGUCAUAUUCUUUCUUUUAAAAGAUUGAUAUUGAUAUACUGAAAGGAACGCAUUACUUCUGAGUUUGAUUGGGGACCUUCUUAGUUAGAUGGUCUACCAUCCUAUACCUUUUACUGUAUUAUGUACAUUUAGCACAGACGUAUAUGAGUUUUUAAUGAUAUAAAUGAAAAAAAAAAUCAGAGGAAAAAAAAAAGUGACGCAGUGGAAUGAAGGAGAACGGGAUUUUACCAGCCUAACCGGGACGGAAGAUCUCCAAAUCCACCUAAAA